ACAACAGUGACAGGGAGUUAACGGCUCAGUUAGAACCGUGACUGGUAGAAAGUUACUUCAUUUGAGGAUGGCGUGUGAGAAUACCGUGAUACGGGUGAAGCAGGGCCGAUUGCGUGGCAUUAUCGAGAAGACCAGCUACGGUGACGAGUAUUUGGCGUUUCGUGGUAUCCCGUACGCGAAACCACCGCUAGGCCCCCUUCGAUUCAAGGAUCCAGAACCCGCAGAACCAUGGACAGACGUGAGAAACGCUUCAAAGUACAGCGAUAUUUGCGUCCAGAAGGACAUGUUCCAGCAUCAAUUGCGCGGAAGCGAAGACUGCCUCUACUUGAACGUGUACAAACCAAUAACGCACCAAGCGCCGAGAAUGUCGGUGAUGGUGUGGAUUCAUGGCGGUGCGUUCAUAGAAGGAUCAGGCGACGACGAAGUCUACGGGCCCGAGUACUUCAUGCGAAAAGACGUUGUUUUAGUCGCGAUUAAUUACAGGCUCGGUGUCUUGGGCUUUCUGAAUUUGGAACACGAAGUCGCUACAGGUAAUCAAGGUUUAAAGGACCAAGUGAUGGCCCUGAAAUGGGUACAGGAAAAUAUCUCGAGCUUUGAUGGAGAUCCCAACAAUGUCACUAUAUUCGGAGAAAGCGCUGGCGGUGCCUCGGUCCAUUACUUAACCAUAUCUCCAUUGUCUCAAGGAUUAUUCCACAAAGCAAUCAUACAAAGUGGAGCGGCGCUUUGCCCUUGGGCUUCGAUCAAGGAACCGAGCAAGUACGCGUUCCUGCUGGCCGCGGAACUUGGCGAAUCUUCCACAGAUCCUGAGACUGUAGUCGAGUUUCUGAGAACGAUAGAUGUACAAAAGCUCGUGGCCACCGAACGUAAGCUUCUCACGCCACAGGAACGUUACGUUCUGUACACAACGUUUGGACCAGGCAUCGAUGCUAAGUCUCCGAAUCCAUUUAUACCUCAACAUCCGGUAGAAAUGAGCAAAGCAGGCGUCAAAGUACCUCUUCUUGUCGGUUUCAAUGCAAACGAAGGCAGCUUUUUUCUAAACUCGACGGGACAAUAUAGCUGCGGCUCUGCGGAAGCUAUUCGAAACGUCAAUGAAAACUUCGAGCUGGCGAUUCCCGAGCAAACGAAGGCCUACUUGAAGAAGGAGGGAAUUAGUUCGAGCGACUUGAAACGAUUGUAUUUCGGCAAUGAAUCAAUUGGGGAGAAAACGAUGCAGAAGUAUGCGGAUUAUUUAACCGACAUAAUGUUCAUUAAAGCCAUUCACCAUAUUGUGAAUAUCCAGAUGAAGAAUUCCACUCAUCCUACGUAUUUCUAUAAGUUGAGCUACGAAACAAACGAGCCGCUGAUUCGAAUGUUGUUUAAUAUCACUCUGCCAGGAACUACGCACGCGGAGGACUUGCAGUAUUUGUUCUAUUCGAAAUUAGCAAAAAGCGCAGGUAUAAAGGAAUACGAGGUUGGAAGCGAGGAUUUCAGAAUUAUGGAGUAUUUAACUCAAAUGUGGACAGACUUCGCGAAAACUGGGAAUCCAACACCAAAGAUCACGGAGUUGAUUCCAACAAUUUGGCAACCAAUUACGGAAGGAAACGAAUAUAUUUAUUUGAAUAUUGACAAGACGCUUCGAAUGGAAAGCAGCAGUAAAGAGGAACUGAGACACAAAUGGAAGAAAAUUAAUAACAAAUUGUAACGUGUAUUAGAUCACAAUAAUUCAACAUUUAUAAAACAAAAACAUUAAGAUAACAAUUUAUGUUAUUCAACCAGAUAUUAUGUUGAUCAACGUAGCUGUUCAUACAUAUGCUGUUUUUAAUGAAAAAAUAAAAUACACUUUUUACAAGCUAA